AUGGGACUGUCAGGGUUUGUGGAGACUGGUGGGAAUAUGGGACUGUCAGGGUUUGUGGAGACUGAUGGGAAUAUGGGACUGUCAGGGUUUGUGGAGACUGGUGGGAAUAUGGGACUGUCGGGGUUUGUGGAGACUGGUGGGAAUAUGGGACUGUCAGGGUUUGUGGAGACUGGUGGGAAUAUGGGACUGUCAGGGUUUGUGGAGACUGGUGGGAAUAUGGGACUGUCAGGGUUUGUGGAGACUGGUGGGAACAUGGGACUGUCAGGGUUUGUGGAGACUUGUGGGAAUAUGGGACUGUCAGGGUUUGUGGAGACUGGUGGGAAUAUGGGACUGUCAGGGUUUGUGGAGACUGGUGGGAAUAUGGGACUGUCAGGGUUUGUGGAGACUGGUGGGAAUAUGGGACUGUCAGGGUUUGUGGAGACUGGUGGGAAUAUGGGACUGUCCGGGUUUGUGGAGACUGGUGGGAAUAUGGGACUGUCAGGGUUUGUGGAGACUGGUGGGAAUAUGGGACUGUCAGGGUUUGUGGAGACUGGUGGGAAUAUGGGACUGUCAGGGUUUGUGGAGACUGGUGGGAAUAUGGGACUGUCAGGGUUUGUGGAGACUGGUGGGAAUAUGGGACUGUCAGGGUUUGUGGAGACUGGUGGGAAUAUGGGACUGUCAGGGGUUGUGGAGACUGUUCUCCCCUGCUCUGUUAUCACCUACAUGCUGCAGAUAAACACCUCUGUUAGUAGGCCUGGCUGUGGCCCUGCAGAUGUCAUGCCCACGCCACUGGUACUUUCAGAGGGGUUCCAACACCUCCUCCCUUCCUCUUUCCUCACAUACAGCAGUAUACUUUGUAUCCACCACAGCCAAGCUAAAUCCCUCUCUUCUCUUCUAGAAUCUGGACAAUCAGACAGCUCCAGCCAACAAGGAGACACAGACAUCAAGCCUCCGCCAAAUGGGCACCUGAGUUUCCAGGACUGCUUCGUCACCUCAGGAGUGUGGAACGUGGCUGAGCUCGUCAGGGUGUCACAGACUCCUGUAGCCACAGCGUCUGGUCCUAACUUCUCCCUGGCUGACCUGGAGAGUCCUGGCUACUACAACAUCAACCAGGUGGCUCUGGGGCGACGCUCCCUCGCAUCCCCCCCUUCCACCAGGUACAUGUCUGAGGUCGAGCUGUACGCAAACCUUCCACGGAGCUCUAACAAGAGGAAGUCGUUAGACGACAGUGAGCUGGAGAGCCCCACAGACGACGUCUUCUACCCCGGACGCUCCCCAGCCGCAGGCUCCUCCCAGUCCAGCGGCUGGCCCAACGACAUGGAUGCAGGUGGAGACCUUCAUUCCCCAUCCCCAAGCUCACACCAUGUUGACCGUCACCUGAUAAUGCAGCACCAUUUGGCCAGUGUGCAGGAGAGGAAGAUAAAACAUGAACACGAUGGAGUGCAGUUUCCUUACCAUGGACUGUCCUCGCCUGGUUCUCUUAAGAAGCCGGGGAAGUUUGAUUUCAACGCCCUGUCGCCCCAGACGAGGUCCCCCCGCAUGACGUUCACACACCACCCGCUGCCCGUGCUGGCAGGAGUGAGACCAGGGAGUCCCCGUGCCUCAGCGUCAGCUCUCCACUUCCCCUCCUCCUCCAUCAUCCAGCAGUCCAGUCCCUACUUCACUCACCCCACCAUCCGCUACCACCACCACCAGGACCCGCUCAAGGAGUUUGUCCAGUUCGUCUGCGCCGACGGCUCGGGGCAGUCCGGGGGACAGCCUAACGGAGGUGGUCACAGCCAGAGCAAAAUGCCAGGCUCCUUCCUGCUGCCCCCGCCGCCCCCAGUGGCGCGCCCCGUGCCCCUCCCCAUGCCCGAUUCUAAACCAAUCAACACACCCCCCGACGGCGGCGGACUCAGCUCGCCCGCAUCUCCGUCAUACUCCACGCCAGGCUCCACAGCUCCCAACAGGUUUGUCAGCAUCGGAGCACGGGACAACUUUCUGAACAUCCCCCAGCAGUCUCAGUCUUGGUUCCUCUGACAAGGCCUCCGAAUCAACCGCUAGAAUUGUGUCAUGAGAAAAUUGGGAAUGGAAAAACAACACAACACACAAAACAAACCAACACUGACUACAAACAAACUGCUGACACUAAAGUAUUUUGCUCACCAACCAACAACACAAAAACAGAAAAUAGCCCCCCAGAAGAAUACCCAUUUCCACCAUUUGAACAUUUGAACCGGAACAACCAUCUCCCUAUACAGAAGGCUGAAAAGAGAUCGGUUGAAGUGGACAGACUCAGAACGAACGACAGAACGAGGAAGAAGAGGAGGAAGAAAGAUGAGGAAAUGUCACACACAAAACAUGUCAGAAAGCAAACAAAAAUAUGCAACCUGACAACUAACUGACCAAUUUCGUUUUAUUGUUGUUUUUAUAUUUUAUUUUCACAAUGAAACUCCAUGCAAUGGCUGGGAGAUCCACCCACACACAACAGUGUAAAACAAAGACCACAAAAAACAUAGUUGGCAGAAUUUGGUAAUUUGAGCUGUAGCUAUAAACAUUGUCACCACCCAAAAGAACCCAUUCUGUAAUCCUUCAGUCUCUCCUCCUGACGGUGCUUUAUGUCCCUGCUCCCUCUCUCAUCUGUCAACCAGGUGUCCAGGGUUGCCCCGGCAACACCCACAGCCUCACACAACCACAUCCGACUGGCCUCACUGCCGCUUGAUUUGCUCAGCCCUGAAUCCCCUCCCUCCUCCCUUGUUCUGAUUGGCCAAACACUAGGACACCAUCCAAUGGUGUGUUACCAUCUGCACUAGAUGGCUGGUUUUAGCUUACCCUCUUGUGAAGAGCGAUAGCCAAUAGCAUGAGCCGAGAGCGAACACAAAACAGACAGACAGACAUAACAGACAGUCAGACAGACAGACAGACAGUCAUACAACACUAUGCGCUCUUUCGUCCCCUCACCUAUGCACUACUGAAACAAAUAAGGGAGGAAACAGAGCGAUACAGCAGGUUGCUGAAGGCAGUGUGUGGGGGGGGGGAAAUGGGCUGUGGCUCUGGCAUCCUGGCACUCACACAUACACGCACUCACGCAGACUCAAAGUACGUACACACACACAGAUCAUCGUAUCCAGAACCCACACGUCUGGCAGACACAACUAUUCACUGACAAUAAAAUUUUGUCUGUGUGUCCUUCACAGUAACAUAAUACAUGCAUAGGAUCAACAUCAUCAUGUAAUAACUAGCUUUCUUUUUGUUUGUAGCCGUUUUCUUGCAUUUCAUUUUGUUUGCUAGAUUGGUUUUGGUUUUGUCUCACUUGGAUUUUUUUGCUUAUGUUUGACCUUCUUCCCUAAGAUUUUCUUCUUUCAUCCGCUUUUUAUUUUGCAGAAAAAAUAUCAUCUUUGUUUGCAAUAACAGACAUCUCUGAAAUCUCUCACAAACACCAGUACAGGAACAUGCGACAACCUCUGCCUUGCUUCACCCUGUAACCACAGUCCAUUCACAGUAGCGCCCAGAGGAACACACGCUGACACACCACCGUAUCAAAAUGCACACUACUAACACCGUCACCCUGAUUCGAAACACAAAGGUGAGCCUUUAUAUAUGAGUUUCUCCAAACUGCCUUUGAUAAUGGUUUUUCAUUCAUUUUGACAUUUGUCAUUUUUAAUUUGAGAUACCUUGUUUUUUUCUAUCGUAAAUGUGAUUAUUAAAUUGUUAUUGUAUAUUUUUUUUCUCAUGACACAAUAAUUCAAACAAAAAAAGCCAAACCUCACAAAAUAACUGGACUGCCUAGCUGUUGGUUUCUUCCAUGUGCAGGGAUAGAAUUGUCUGACAGCCCAGGCACUCUGAGUUUAUAGUAAAAUUAGCUCUAUGUACUCAAAUCAUAUAUCACAACUAUAACAAUCUAUGGAAGUGCCUCUGUACUCCCCUAUCAUGCAAUUAGUUCAAAUUCAGGUUGAUGUUUUUGUUCACAUAUAUGCUAAAGCUACAAAGAAUGGUGAUGUUUCUUCCUAUAUGGAAACCAUUGGCUAUAGGACAGAAUCUUUGUAGAAGACCGCAAAAUGUUAUAAAGAGAGAGAGAGAUCUUAUACAUAUAUAUUUAUGGUAUAUGCUCCUUUUUAAACUUGACUAAAAUGAGCUUGUUGGCAGUUUAGUUAUUUUCUGAACUCUUGAGCUAGCAGAAUUCCAUGAUGGACAGCACCUCACUGUUACCAUGACAAUUCAAUGAGCACCCACCCAACCUCCACAAAUCUACAGUGCAGCAUUCAAAAACUAAACAAAAAUGUCCAUGAUGCAAAAUAGAUGAAACAUGUCAAAAUCGACAAUAGAAAAAUUGAAGAAAAAAAGUGUUUGUUUUUUGAUGGAAAGUAUUAUUAUUGAAAAAUAUGUGUCGAUUGAGCCACGUGCAAUGCAUUGGGUAGAUUCAUUGUGUUUUGUCUGUUAGAGAUUUUUAAGAAAGCUAAGAAGAAAAGAGAAAAAAAAUCUAUUUGUUUCAAGUCCGAUGUGCUCCUGGACUCUAAACUAACAGAGCCAUAUCCUAGUCUUUGUAAGUUGGGGGUAUUUGUUUUUAUUUUCCUUUAUUGUUUCUUUUUUAAUGUUUAACGUGUAAUCAUUUGUUUAUAAAAAAAUGUUUGGAGGGGCUGAAGGAAGAUACAUUUCUUACAAAACGUUUAAAAGAAAUUUGAACAUGAAAUGAAAAACCGGUGAAAUGAAAAACCGGCACUUUUACACACUAUAAAGUACAUUCAAACUAUUACAAAAUGAAUGAUAAUGAACAAAAUAAUGACUACCUUUAGGAAACCGCAUUUAUUAUUCCUCUUCUCUAUUUCUAUUCCUUCUCCUGUUUGUAAUAUUGAGUGGAGGGAGGGGUUCCUGUUCCUUCCUGUAUUCCUCUAGUAGGUUGUGAAACAAAAGGCAUUUUGGUUCAACCUUUAGAUAGGACGAGAGCUGUACUGUAGGCUUAACAAUGCCCACAACUACUUCUUCUGAUUUCUCCCAGAUUAUUAUACUCCUCUCUCCGAGUCUGAGCAAGGAAAAAAAGGAAAAUGACAGCUUAGAAUUUGUUUCAUUUGAGGAGCCAGCCAGUCUGUCAGAACCAUGACGUAACGAUAGAAAUACAGUAGGCCUAUGCAAAGUGAGCUUCCCUCCACCCCUUCCUUCUCCACCCUCUCCCUCAUUCCCCUGUAAAUUCACCUUGACUAGUGCUUGUGCUGUAGUGUAGUUUCCCAGCAGUUAAAGGUUGUCCCUUAAAAGUGCCUUUUGUUCACAGACUCCAUUUUGUAAUCCAGAUCGCUCCCCUUUCAUUCGAAAUAAUUCACGGUAGAGGUGGAAGUGCCCCUAAGUGCAGAUCUAGGAUCAGUUUACUGUACCCCAUAUCCUGACCUGAACCAUUAGGAGGGAAUAUGCAAAACUGACCUUAGAUCAGUGCUUAGUGAGUAACUUCAUCCGACCUCCACCUCUGAAAAAUGAUCCCCCUCCAUUGUAUCAACCUUCCCAUAAAUCCUUUCCCUUUUCAAAAUCCGUAUAUAUAUAGUACAAAAGGAAACUGGUGUGAAUUAGUUCUUUACUUUUUAUUGAUAAAUGAUGAAAAAAAAUACUGAAAAGGCAAAAAAAAAAUGUUCUCGUUCCCCCUUGCUCUCUGGCUUUUUUCUUCUUCCCUCCGUCUCCUCCUCUCCUCUGUCUAUCUGUUCUCUCGUAGACACUGGAGUAGUCUGUAACUGUGUCCUCUCUCUCCCUCCUUUCCCCUCCCUCCCUUCCGUUGAUGGAAGGGGUUGUUGAAAAAAAAAUGGCCGAAACUUUUUGUCUUGAGCAGAAUGCAGUUAGCUCACGUUAUUCUUGUCUGUAUUGCCUCUUCUUCACAUUGUAUACCAUUACCCAUCCUCUUCAGCUUCUCCAUUCAAACAGCUAAUGUAAGUGAACAAAUUACACCAAUGGGCUUUUGGGGGUGUGCCUGCCCAGUGUAGGGUAGGACUGGGUGUUAGCAGUUAUGGAGGUCUUAGGGGGUCAAUAAUGUUGGGGCAAAGGAGAAAUUAUAGGGGUACCUUUUGGGGUGUUGGGGGGGGGGGGGCUGCUGUUCUGCUGUGACAAGUUAAGAGUUUUUAAUUUUUUAAUUUAUUUUGUUUUAUUUUAUGCCUUUAUUUUUAUUUUUGACUUAAUUUGGAUUUUUGCUUCCAUAGUUCCUAUCUAUCAGGGUAUGCCAUCAUUGAAACUCUAUAAGAGAGUCUUGGACUGUAAAUGAAAUGCUACAAGCACCUUAUAACUACUGGCUGAGAAAAGGGGGUUUGCAAUACUACCAGCACACACACACACCUAGUCAUGUAUCAAAUACUCUAAACUCUUGUAUUAUUAUUGUGAGGUUUUAUCUAGUGAAGCCAGCAGCAGUAUUAGCCAUUGGCAAAACACACACCACAACCCACCAUAUAGAGCCAGCAUGAUCCAGGCUUGAGGCAUACUCUCAAGUGAAACGUAGAGAUAUCAGUUUGAAUGCCAGGCUCUAAAAACCCUGUUCCGUUUUGAGAUUUGUUUUGUUUAGUGGUGUCUAGACAGUACGCCCUUUGACCCCCGACCCUACGCCCUCAGAGCAGAAGAGCCCCACUCAUGCCUGUAGCUCUGUCUGAAAUGGCACCCUAUUCCCUACAUAGUGCACUAUUUUUUCACUAUUCCCAUAGUGCCCUGUUCAAAAGUAGUGCACUGUGUAGGGAAUAGGGUGCCAUUUUAAAUGCAUCCCAUGUCUUUGUGUAUAAGAAACACCCCCAGAGCUCUAUAGGUGAAAUGCAUGUGUUAAUUACAGUUUCUUUUCCAUAAGAAGAAAAACACAGUUUGAGCAGAGCAGCACCUUGAUUGAAUAAAAGGAUGUUCUUGACUGUA